AUGGCGUCCGAGGGCGGACGAGGUCUGACGCUGAUUCACGAGGCCCCCGGUGUCGGAGCACUCUGUGGUCUGCCGGUUCGGUUAGAAGCCGAAGUUAAAGGGAUUACUCUUGGCUGUCGAACACAGGAGGUCUCUGGAGCCAACAGGGAUCACCUGGCUGGCGGCUGCCUCUUCCCCGAGACAGCAGAAGGACUUCUCAGCAGACAUCAGCCCGGCUUUCCAGCAGCAGGCAGUCUGCCUGGUAUAGAACAUGACUAUGGCAUUAGCCCCAAAUUUGUCUGCACCCCAAUCCCCCCAGAAGCAGACCCCAGCUGCUAUUCUCCACCCAGUGUGCCCCAUGGACCGAGCAGUAACGGCAACGCUAAUGGCCACAAUGGCAGCAGCCGGCGUGGCAUGAUGUCUGACGAGGCCAAAGCCACCAUCUUGCACCUGCGCGAGAGCCUUGUGAGGCAAAAGGAGACCAUCCUGGACCAGCGGGAGACCAUCAGAGAGCUGACCGCCAAGCUUACCUUGUGCGAGGGCUUUGGUGGUCACCAUAGCAUUGGCCACCACGACAACCACCACGAAAAUCACCACGACAACCAUCACGAUACCCAUCACGACAACGACCACGACGACCACCACGGGCAGCACGGCGGCCACCAUUCGUCGUCGUCGUCGCACCACGGGCCUUCGGCGUAUCACAGCAACGAUCACCACUACUCCCACGGCAGCCACAGGUCAGACCCCCACCACAGGAAGGGCUCGUCGUACGGAAAACACAGCUCCUUCUCCCCCGAGCAAACCGGCAAAACCCUGCAGACGCUGAAGGAGAGGCUGGAGAACUUGCAGGCCAGGAACUCCUCCAGCUCCUACUCCAGCUCCCUGAGAGAACUCCUCCAGCGGAAGAUCACCGCUCUGGAGGAGCAGCUGCACAGUUACUACAGAGAUCACCAUGACUACGGCCACCAUAACGACCACCACGAUGAUCACCACGAUGACCACCACGAUGACCACCACGGCAACGGCCACCACGAUGACCAUCACGAUGACCACCACGACGACCACCAUGGCAACGGCCACCACGACGACCACCAUGAUGAUCACCGUGGUUCUGGUCACUACGACGAUGACCACCACAAUGACCACCACGACAAUCACCACGACGAUCACCACAAUGGUCACCACGAUGAUCACCACGACUAUCACCAUGGCAGCGACCACCAUGACAACCACCACGGCGACGAUCAUCACCCACGGAGGCUGCCGUUCAGCGGCAAAGAGACAAGUCUGCGGGGCGCAGGGCACAGCAAGCUGGAAACAGUGCUGAGCCAACUGCACCACGGCAACACUCACCAUGGAAACCACAACAAGCUAAAGAGCCCCACAGCGUUCCUGCUCGACUUCCCCAUGAGGACCAACUACAUGUACGCCAGGAUGAAGCGGUCGGUGGUCAACGAGAUCUUCGCCCUGACGAUCUGCCUGUGGCUGAAGGCGGGAUCAGGUCCGGGCCUAGGGACUCCCUUCUCCUACGCCGUACCCGGACAAGCCAAUGAGCUGGUGCUCAUCGAGUGGGGCAGCAACCCCAUGGAGCUGCUCAUCAACGACAAGGCGGUGACACUGCCCGUGACCAUGACCGACGGGAAGUGGCAUCACGUGUGCGUGACGUGGACGACACGCGAUGGCGUCUGGGAGGCCUACCAGGACGGGGUGAAGAAAGGCUCGGGGCAAAACCUGUCACCCUGGCACCCGAUCAAACCAGGAGGGGUCUUCAUCCUGGGCCAGGAGCAGGACACGAUGGGAGGACGCUUCGACGUCACUCAGUCCUUCAUGGGAGAGCUGUCCGAUCUCCAGUUCUGGUCCAGGGUCCUGACGCCCAGCGAGAUCUACAACCAGGCGACCUGCGGGGGCCACCUCGUAGGUGAUGUCAUGUCCUGGUCGGAGGAAGUGGUGGAGCUCCACGGAGGGCUCACCGAGUUGCCCUUUGACCCCUGCCACUGA